UCCGCGGCGGAGCAGAAGCUGCCCGGUUGGGGACGCGGAGCGGGAACUUUUCUCCUCAGCCGCCGUCGGCCUGUCACUCGCGCGCCGCGCAUGGAGCGGCCCCACGGCGGGGAGGCUGCGGGGGCGCCGAGCCCCGCGGCGCGGUGCUGAGGCGGGGAGACCCCCCCCCCCGGGGGUGGAGCGAGUGGGGUAAAUGCUCUGGCUCCACGGGCCGCUGCGGAGUCACGCCGGAGUCACUCGCGGCUCGCUACGCACCGUCCCCGCGGCAGGGCUAUACCUGGUGGUAUGCUAGAGAGAGAAGCAUCAAGGCAGUCUACAUGAUUAGCUCUGGUUUAUCUCUGCUGCUGCAUGAACAGAUUGAUACUGCUUUUCGGGGGACACACUUAGAAGAACCUGUAUGGGAUCCUAAGGACUUACGGAUGGAUGAUGUACCUACGAUGAUUAAGGUCAACAUGGAUUCGUGGUUCUUUGUCCUUUUGCUUGGAAGUGGCCUGACGUGUCUAGGUGGGAACAUCGUUACCUCAGUGCCACCGUCCACAGAGCACACCUCUGCCACGCAUUCCAUGAAAGCCCCUACAUCAGAGCCAGAGGGCAGAAAGGGCACUAGUCCAGACAAUCUGAACGCUAGCUCUCCAGUGACCGUACCUACCAUGGCGCCUGGGCCUACUACCACGCAAGCCCCAAAGCUCCCUCUGAACACCACUGUCAGUUUGAUGGGCAAUGAAACCCAAACCACGAGGACAGCUGUGUCUGCACCUGGGUCCACCUCCAGUCCACCCAGCACGACGUCUUCUGCUGCACAAACAGCUUCAGAAGAUGUAAAGACAGGGACCACAGUGGGGAAAAUCACUAUGGCAGUAACUUCUCCAGAAACCAUUGUCACUUCAGGUGAGCCAUCAGAAGGCCCAGGUGAUUCUGAACCGGAGAGAAGAGAUGAGACUCCAAUUAUAGCUGUAAUGGUGGCCCUAUCUUCCCUGCUAGUCAUAGUAUUUAUAAUUAUUGUGCUGUACAUGUUAAGGUUUAAGAAAUACAAGCAAGCUGGGAGCCAUUCCAACUCAUUUCGCUUGUCCAAUGGCCGAACAGAUGACACAGAGCCUCAGAGCAUGCCGCUCCUUGCCAGAUCUCCCAGCACCAACAGGAAGUACCCACCACUGCCUGUGGAUAAAUUGGAAGAGGAGAUUAACCGGCGAAUGGCAGACGACAAUAAGCUCUUCCGGGAAGAAUUCAACGCUCUCCCAGCAUGCCCCAUCCUGGCCACAUGUGAAGCCGCCUCCAAGGAGGAAAACAAAGAGAAGAACAGAUAUGUGAACAUUCUGCCCUAUGAUCAUUCCAGGGUUCAUCUGACUCCCAUCGAAGGUGUCCCGGAUUCUGAUUACAUUAACGCCUCCUUCAUUAAUGGGUACCAAGAAAAAAACAAGUUUAUUGCUGCACAAGGACCAAAAGAAGAAACAGUAAAUGAUUUCUGGAGAAUGAUUUGGGAGCAGAACACAGCGACAAUCGUCAUGGUGACUAAUCUGAAAGAGAGAAAAGAGUGCAAAUGUGCUCAAUACUGGCCAGAUCAGGGCUGCUGGACUUAUGGAAACAUCCGGGUGUCUGUGGAGGAUGUGACUGUCUUGGUUGACUACACAGUGCGAAAGUUCUGUAUUCAACAGGUAGGUGAUGUCACAAACAAAAAGCCUCAGCGCCUGGUGACCCAGUUCCACUUCACCAGCUGGCCUGACUUUGGGGUCCCCUUCACCCCUAUUGGGAUGCUGAAGUUCCUGAAGAAGGUGAAGACAUGUAACCCCCAGUAUGCAGGAGCGAUUGUCGUUCACUGCAGCGCUGGGGUAGGACGCACAGGCACUUUUAUCGUCAUUGAUGCCAUGCUGGACAUGAUGCAUGCAGAGAGGAAGGUGGACGUGUACGGUUUCGUGAGCCGGAUCCGGGCUCAGCGCUGCCAGAUGGUACAGACCGAUAUGCAAUAUGUGUUUAUAUACCAAGCACUUCUGGAGCACUAUCUGUAUGGAGACACAGAGCUAGAAGUGACCUCGCUAGAGACCCACCUCCAGAAAAUCUACAACAAAGUGCCCGGGACCAGCAGCAACGGGCUAGAGGAGGAGUUCAAGAAACUAACUUCAAUCAAAAUCCAGAAUGACAAGAUGCGAACAGGCAACUUGCCGGCAAACAUGAAGAAAAACAGGGUGCUUCAAAUAAUUCCAUAUGAGUUCAAUCGAGUGAUCAUUCCAGUGAAGAGAGGUGAAGAGAACACAGACUAUGUCAAUGCGUCCUUUAUUGAUGGUUAUCGUCAGAAGGACUCAUACAUCGCUAGCCAGGGCCCUCUCCAGAGCACAAUAGAGGAUUUCUGGAGGAUGAUCUGGGAGUGGAAAUCCUGCUCUAUAGUUAUGUUAACAGAGCUGGAAGAGAGAGGCCAGGAGAAAUGUGCCCAGUACUGGCCUUCUGAUGGCUCUGUGUCCUAUGGAGACAUCACCAUGGAGCUGAAAAAAGAGGAGGAAUGUGAGAGCUACACAGUGCGGGACCUGCUAGUAACAAACACCAGGGAAAACAAGAGCCGGCAGAUUCGACAGUUCCAUUUCCAUGGCUGGCCGGAAGUUGGAAUCCCUAGUGAUGGGAAAGGAAUGAUCAAUAUCAUUGCAGCUGUGCAGAAACAGCAGCAGCAGUCUGGGAACCAUCCAAUCACUGUGCACUGCAGUGCCGGGGCAGGAAGAACAGGAACCUUCUGUGCACUGAGCACUGUCCUGGAAAGGGUUAAAGCUGAGGGGAUUCUGGAUGUCUUUCAGACAGUGAAGAGUUUAAGAUUACAGAGGCCGCAUAUGGUGCAGACACUGGAACAGUACGAAUUCUGCUACAAGGUGGUGCAGGAAUACAUUGACGCCUUCUCAGACUACGCCAACUUCAAGUGAAAAAACAAAACAAAAAGAAACAAAUGACAGAAGAGUUGCCUUCUUUAAUAUUUUGUAAUAUUCUGUUUGUUAAUAUACCCCCCAAAAUAUGUGUAUAUAUCUUAACUGUUUUAGAGAUUGGUACCAUAGGCUUCAUAUUAGCUGGAGAUUUUAUAUGUAGCAAAAAGUGUUAGCGCAGAUACUGUUGGCUCCUUUUUUUCCAAUGUUUUAUUGGGGAAUUAAAUAGCGUGAUGUUUGGAUUAAUAUUGUCAAUCCAUCUCUCUGCUGGAGAGUUGAUAUAGGCUGUUUUGUUUGUAAAUCUUUUUUUUUCCCUGAGGGAGUAAAGCCUUUUUAAAAAUAAUAGUAUUCCGGAUCUCAUCCAAAAGCACAAGCUUUUCCGAACCUGUGGGGAAAUGGUUUCACAUUUUCCUGCUGUUCUGCUCUUAAAAGAAAGGAAGGAAGAAAGAAAAAAGCUUAUUCUGUAUAUAUCCUAGUUUUUGUAUAAAAAGAGAAAAAGCAAAAGUUUCUUUCUCCGGGACUAAACAAGUCUGUGUCACCAGCUGAAAAUGGUAAUGGACUUUAAGUGGCAGCAACAGUUGGGAUUUCAACCAGAAAAAAAGGAUUUUUGCUCCCUAAAGGAAACUUCUCUGUAUGUGUGCCAGAUUUCAGAUUGGUUUUAUCUGCCUCUCAGUCACAGCCUUGUCUGGCACUUAUUGGCAGGCAGCAUGGUAGGUCGUUUAGAUGUCUAGCUGAACUGCAGGUGCAGUCAGGUACGUGGAUGGCCUCACCUGCUCCUGCAGUUAACAAAGGCCAUUGAAAUCCUCUGGCUUUCUGUCUGUCCGUCUGUGUUCAUCAGUGAACAGUAGCAGCUUUGUUGUUGUUAGUAUUAAGAUUCAUUUUCUUUCUCUCUCUCUCUCUCUCUCUCUCUCUGAAGGCAAAGCCAAAUGUUUCACUCUAGCCUUGUGUACUCUGGGAGUUUCAGCCAUUGGUGUCCAACAAGUGGUGUAGCUUCAUCAGCACAAAUGCUUAGUAUAGACAGGCAAAGCCUCUAAAAGUCACUGUUUGUACCUCUGCCUGAAAUGGGGGUUAAGCUACACUUGUGCAAAUCAUGGCUUCUUCCAGCUUUGCCUGUCUAUGUGGGGAGUGUGCACUGGCACAGCUCCACCAAUGGCUGCAGCUGGGGCAAAUCCCCAGUGUAGACAAGGGCUUGGAGUGUGUUCUGCCAUGAGAGCCGUGUUUACUUCAUGCUUGUCUUACAACUGCCAAGGGUGUUUGUUGCCCUGUGUCAGUUAUGGGUUGCCCGACCCAGUUUCCUUUAUGCUUGGAGGCAGGAGUGCCAUGUGCCUGCUAGCUGUCAAUGUAUCGGAGCCUCCAUGGCCGAAAAAUGUGUUUAAGUUUACUCCUUUCCAUUUCUGUGGUCAGAAGGAGUGAGAAGGGGCCCUCUUUUCAGUAGGUCUCUUCUAGGUGCUGGUGCCAUGCUUUGGAGAGAAGAUGUGGCACCAUAACAAUCCAAACUUCAGCCAGCCAUUGAUUGUCCCUCAGACAUCAAGUGCGAUCAGCUCCCCUGGUACAUCUCUUCCUUCCCUCCACACCCUAUGAAUGGUCCUUUAGCAGCUCCUGGGCUAGACUUUCCUCUCAUACCAGUAUAACUACAAUGGAAGCUGAGGAUUUACAUAGAAGUCAUACUGGUGGGAGUAAGGUCAGAAUCAGGCCUGGUGGGGGUUCUGCCAAGGAUAGUAUAGGUCCAUAGGCCCAAUUCUGUAUUUCCUUAGCUCUGAAAUUAAAAUUAAAAUAGAGGAGUUGAUCCUUGCAGCAUUCAAGGAGGCAGCACUACUAAUAAAAGUCACCAGGAGAAGGUCUCUGGUAUCAUCCCUAAAUAAAGAUCCUGUUUGCCUGAGUUAAUUGUGGAAGAUCAGGUGUCUUCUCAGCCUUUCUGUGGGGGAGUUCACACACUCCUCUCCAUCCCAGGUUAGUUGUGCAAGGGAAAAAUAUCAAAAAAUCAGGUUCUUCUAGAGGAGAGUUCUUUUGUUUGGGGGAGGGGUUUUAUUUUUACUUUCUACACUGAAUGUGAUACUGUGGAAAGUGCCAACUGAACAUGCUUGGGGAUCCAUCCCCCAAGAGUGUAGGCUUGCUCUAGCUAAAUACACAUAGAAAUAGUCUGUCUCCCCCCCACCCCCCAACAUGGAAUACCCCACCAGUUUGCUUCAGUCCUUACACUCAGAAACGAUCCCUUUGGGUAAGAGGAGUUUUCAGUCUCCAGGGCUCGUUCACAUUGGUCUCUCUACAGAGACAGCCUGCAAAGGCCUCGAUUUUGCACUCUGAUCCGUGCAGUUGGACCCUUAUGCCCAUGCAGAGUUCUGCGGAUGUCAGUAGGGCUCUGCGUGGCCCUGACCCAGGAAAGCAUGUAAGCCGGCACACACACAUACUGUCCCCGAUGGGGAUGCUUUCCUGAGUCAGGGCCUGUACAUACACAGGCCUGCCUGCAGGAUCAGAGGCUAAAAGCUCCAGUUGGUGCCAAGAAUGGUGACAUGGAUACCUGUCCUCUAGGAGCUAGUCUGAAACCAAGAAGACUUGUUGGUUUUUGAUGGAAAGGAGGCACCAAGAAUGUAUCACACUUCACAGAUCGUAAGAAAAUAAAUAGAUCCAUAAUGUUUAAGGCCAGAAGGGAACAGACCAUAGAAUUUCACCCAGUGAUUUUGGCAACAAGCGCACAGUAACUUGUAGCUAAGCUAGAGUAGAUCUUCAAGAAAGACAUCCAAGCAGGUGAUGGACACCACAUCCCAGCCAGAGCAGAGAUGAUGCCAGUAAGGAGAAUAGGCUCCUUGCUUUAUUCAACACUCACUUUUAACUGAAAACCAUGGAAAAUAUUUCCCCUUUAAGGCUUGUUCUACCCAGGCUGAGCCCUCCCACAGCCACAUGACGUUAUUUGCAGUUUAUGUAGCCUCAAUCCUAUAAAUUUACAUGUGUGAGUAAUUUUACUCAAAUGAGUAAAGUUAUUCCCACACUUAAAUGUUUGCAGGACCAUGUGAUGGUUUCCUGAAAGUUUUCAAUUAACCUUCCUUUGAAUAUGAAAUUUUAUCCUGGGUUUUGUGGCUUUUAUUGUAGACAAAUCUUAAAACUUUUAAGACAUCUUAAAAAUUUUCUGCCCUUUUUAAAAGGAAGGGUGUAGGUAGCUUUUAUUUCCUCUUUCUAAAUCUGGCAUUGAUUUGGCUCACUUGUUCUGUUUAGAAGAGAGUUCUGAAGUGUAUCUGUCUUUAAAUACCAGAUAGAUCUUUUCUGUGUGUGUCUGAAGAAGACUUUGAAUGAAUCCUGUUUUUGAGCUCCGAGAUUGCAGUUGAUGAGAGAAGGCAGUUGAACUAUUCUUAAAGGAAGAUGCAGUGUAAUGUCUGACCUAUUCUAAUUUACAAUGGAAGUUGAAUUACAGCUUGAUUUCAGGGGUCUAAAAUACAGGAAGUAGCAUGAAUAAUCAGAGCCCGCUCUCUGUAGUCAGAUUGUGUAGGGCUGAGACAAAGCCAUUGGAAUGCAUGACUAAACAGAAGACUUUCCCAGCUCCUGAAUUAACCAAUAGAAUGCAUCUUCCCUAUGCAUUCAAGUGCCAAGCCGAUCCUCUGGGUCCUCAACUGCAGCCGGGAAAGAAUCAAUGCAACAGCAGCCCUGCUUGAGAGACACUAGCACCAUUCACACUUGUUAUUUCAAAGGUACUUUUGCUAUUCACAGUUUUAUUUGAAGGCUUGUCAAUGAGAUGUUUACUAACAAAUACCAGUGAUAGAUUUUCAACAGGGGGUAUGGUGUGGACUCCCUUGGAAUUUGAAUACCCAUGUACCUGCUGGAGGGCCAGUCUAGCUAAUCCAGUUAGGUUCCUUAUCUCCUGGAUGCCUCUAGUCUAGUCUGUGUAGAUCCUUAUACUGCCCUCUUCACUGUAGGAUCAGAGCACAUUCCAGUGGGUCCUUAAGUAAUGUGACUGACAUCUGCCACAUGAGCGUUGUUCCUUUCUCUGUCCUCUCCAGAGUCCAGCAAUGCCAGUUCAACGCAUGGUUUUAUUUCAGCAGGGAUAUUGCCUGCAAAAAAGGGGCUUGGUUUCCCCCAAUAAGGAGCCUGCUUUCUACCAUCUCCCAUCAAUGGGCGAGUCACGUUGGAGUUGUAGCCAAAGAAAUGGAGCCUCAUUCAGCAAGGCUGAUAUUUGGGUUUUACUUUGUACUGGACCCAGGUGCCCUCUGCUUCAAGAGCUGAGGAAGUCCUGUCCUGGAAUGUAAGCACAUAUUGUCUCCUUUACCUUGGUGAGUAGAGGGGCCAGUAGGAUCCCUGUCUAGGGGCCAGGCAUGGUGCUUCUACACCAUCAAACUCCUCUCUGCCUGCACCCUGAGGAAGCCCUCCCAAUAGCCUGGUGACCUUCACCAAGGGAGAAGAGAGCCACCACCGGCAGUGAAUGCUGGCUCAGCACUGAAUGUUACAGCACAUUCCUACAUGCUGUGGAACCCCGCCACCAUCAGCACCUAAGAGGAACAGUCCCUGUCAGCAUGGCUUUGGUGGAGCUGUACUACACGGGGCCCCAGAGCCCAGGAAGAGACACUGGUCUUGCAGCAGGUCCCCCAAGAUCUGUAAGGCUCGGGGGCUGAAUCCCUUGCUUCUCUCAUCAAGGGAAAUCUUUCCUCUGGUGGAAGAACAGGAAAGAAACUCCACAAGAGGAUUGAGAACUUUACAUUUUAGAACAUAACGGCCAUACUGAGUAAGACCAAAGGUCCAUCUAGCCCAGUCUCCUGUCUUCUGACAGUGGCCAAUGCCAGGUGCCUCAGAGAGAAUGAACAGAACAGGCAAUCAUGGAGUGAU